UCUUAGAAAGCGACCAAAUGGUAAAAGCAGCCUCUCGCGAUCCUGAAUCACACUACCGCAGGCAUUUCCCUCAAAUAGCAUGGCUAUUUCAGACUACUUGAAGGGAUUUCGUGAACCCAUGUGGACAACAAUUGAGAUUGAUAAAUUCUGGCGAGUUUUGCAUCCAUACCUGGAUCAAUUACUAAACGGCGCAAUGCCUCUACCAGAUUCCGACAUUGAUUUUACGUCCCUGGACCCGGGAAACGAAAAGCACAAGCAACACUGUAUCCAAAUCAUUCACCAAUCGAUGUGGAAAGGAAAAUACUCUCUCUCAGUUGCUAAUAUAAAAGCAAUCAAAACUUUCUUUCAAGACAGCGCCGUAGGUGCCAACAAUAGCCACAUUAGUGUUUCUGAUCUACUACGCGAAUUGAAGAAAGCAUUUGAAUACAGACCCAUGACUUAUAGUGUCGAUGGUACUCACAAGUACGUCGCGUGACGAUUUACCCUCACAGGAGUU